UAAAAUCACAACAGUAAUAAACAGCAGUUUGGGUACAACCUAUGAAAUUAUUGCAUUUAUUAAAUGCAACUAUAACCGGGGUACAUCUGGUCUUUAAAUAAUUUGUUGCAAUUAAAGUGAAUUUAAAAAAUAUCUAGUACUCUCUUGGCUACUCUUUGGUUAAUGGUUAUGGAACUACUAUUCCUAUUGGGCAUAUACUUAUGACCAUCACUGUAUUCAAGUAGCAAGCUGGUUUUAUAUCCGUGUGCCUAUAUACAUUUGUAUCCGCUUGGCCACGAGCUUCGGCUGCACUUGGCAAACUUAACAAAUAAACCAUUGAAUCCUGCCUAUUGCAACGAGAAUAUAAUGUGAAUCAGAGCAUUAAGAACGACACGUAGCGAUUAGCAUAGUAGAUUUUAACAUUCGAGCAAAAUUUAUUUCCCAAGCGCGUCUUGGGAUUGCGUAUGCGUGAGCCAGCACCUGCAUGUGUGUGUGUUUUGGAAUGUGGCCCUGCACGAAAUUCAAAUAGUGACCAUCCUUGAGAUUUUGCAUACUGGCAAGAUGGACGAGCACACGCUCAACGACCUGUUGGAGUGCUCCGUGUGUCUUGAGCGACUGGACACCACAUCGAAGGUGCUGCCAUGCCAGCACACCUUCUGCCGCAAAUGCUUGCAGGACAUUGUGGCCAGUCAGCACAAGUUGCGAUGCCCGGAGUGCCGCAUCCUGGUCUCUUGCAAAAUCGAUGAGCUGCCUCCAAACGUCUUGCUGAUGCGAAUCUUAGAAGGCAUGAAACAAAAUGCAGCAGCUGGCAAAGGCGAUGAAAAGGGAGAGGAGACUGAAACACAGCCGGAAAGCGCCAAACCUCAGACGCCAGCGGAAUCAGCGGCCCUGUCUGGUAACCAAGUACUCCAGGUGCAGUCACAUCAGCAAUCUCAUCAGCCGACUCGUCACAAGCAACGUCGAUUUCUACUCCCCCACGCCUAUGCCCUCUUCGACUUCGCCUCCGGUGAAGCUACCGAUCUAAAGUUCAAGAAAGGGGAUCUGAUACUGAUCAAGCAUCGCAUCGACAACAACUGGUUUGUGGGUCAAGCGAAUGGUCAGGAGGGCACGUUCCCCAUCAACUACGUCAAGGUAUCGGUUCCGCUGCCCAUGCCGCAGUGCAUCGCCAUGUAUGACUUUAAAAUGGGGCCCAACGACGAGGAGGGAUGCCUCGAAUUUAAGAAAAGCACUGUAAUACAGGUAAUGCGCCGAGUUGAUCAUAAUUGGGCAGAAGGACGAAUUGGCCAGACCAUCGGAAUCUUUCCAAUAGCAUUCGUUGAGCUGAAUGCAGCGGCCAAAAAGCUGUUGGACAGCGGGCUACACACCCAUCCAUUGUGCCAUCCACCGAAGCAACAGGGGCAGCGGGCUCUUCCUCCGGUUCCAGUUAUUGAUCCCACGGUGGUAACGGAAUCCAGUUCGGGAUCCUCCAAUUCCACGCCGGCCAGCAGCAAUUCAAGCUCCACAUCCAGCUCGAAUAACUGCAGUCCGAAUCACCAAAUCUCACUGCCGAAUACUACCCCCCAACAUGUAGUAGCUUCGGGAUCGGCGUCUGUUCGUUUCCGUGACAAGGGAGCAAAGGAGAAACGCCACUCACUAAAUGCUUUGCUUGGAGGAGGAGCUCCGUUGAGUCUACUGCAGACUAACCGCCAUUCGGCUGAAAUUCUUAGCCUGCCCCAUGAACUAAGCCGCUUGGAGGUUUCCAGCUCAACAGCUCUGAAACCCACGUCCGCCCCACAGACAUCGCGUGUACUUAAGACCACUGUUCAGCAGCAGAUGCAACCGAAUUUGCCCUGGGGAUACUUAGCCCUGUUCCCAUACAAACCACGCCAAACGGAUGAGCUGGAAUUAAAGAAGGGUUGUGUUUACAUUGUGACCGAACGAUGUGUGGACGGUUGGUUCAAGGGGAAAAACUGGUUGGACAUCACUGGAGUGUUCCCGGGCAACUAUCUGACGCCCCUGCGCGCCCGCGACCAGCAGCAGUUAAUGCAUCAAUGGAAAUAUGUUCCCCAAAAUGCAGAUGCCCAGAUGGCACAAGUACAGCAGCAUCCAGUUGCACCAGAUGUGCGACUCAACAACAUGAUGUCCAUGCAACCGCCUGAUUUGCCACCUCGUCAGCAGCAGGCUACCGCCACGACCACCAGUUGCUCUGUUUGGUCGAAACCAGUGGAGGCGCUGUUUAGCAGAAAAUCGGAGCCCAAGCCUGAAACUGCCACAGCCUCGAAUACGAGCAGCAGUUCCUCUGGAGCAGUGGGACUUAUGAGGCGAUUAACUCAUAUGAAAACACGUUCCAAAUCUCCAGGAGCGUCCUUGCAGCAAGUUCCGAAAGAAGCUAUUAGCACAAAUGUGGAAUUUACAACAAACCCAUCAGCUAAAUUGCAACCAGUACAUGUGAGAUCCGGUUCGUGCCCCAGUCAGCUGCAGCACAGUCAACCGCUCAAUGAAACUCCAGCAGCCAAGACAGCGGCACAACAACAACAGUUUCUAACCAAGCAACUGCCUCCUGCAUCUACGAACAGCGUUUCGUACGGAUCGCAACGCGUGAAAGGAAGCAAGGAUCGUCCUCACUUGAUUUGCGCGAGACAAUCAUUAGAUGCAGCUACAUUUCGCAGUAUGUACAACAAUGCCGCGUCGCCGCCGCCACCUACUACUUCCGUGGCCCCAGCUGUCUACACAGGCGGUCAGCAACAGGUGAUUCCCGGAGGUGGAGCGCAAUCCCAGUUGCAUGCCAAUAUGAUUAUUGCACCCAGCCAUCGGAAGUCGCACAGCCUAGAUGCGAGUCAUGUGCUGAGUCCCAGCAGCAAUAUGAUCACGGAGGCGGCCAUUAAGGCCAGCGCCACCACAAAGUCUCCUUACUGCACGAGGGAAAGUCGAUUCCGCUGCAUUGUGCCGUAUCCACCAAACAGCGACAUUGAACUAGAGCUACAUUUGGGCGACAUCAUCUACGUCCAGCGGAAGCAGAAGAACGGCUGGUACAAGGGCACACAUGCCCGUACCCACAAAACCGGGCUGUUCCCCGCCUCCUUUGUGGAACCGGAUUGUUAGGAAGAAAUAUAUGGUUCAAACUAGAAUUUAUUAAGCGAAAUUCCAAAUUACUUGUCUAUAAGGAUUCAAUCGUCGGUCUAUUCGGGCUUCCAAAUACGCAAUCUCCUAUUUCUCUUUUCAAAAAAGAAACCAUUUUGUACUCUUCCAAUCGAAUGGGCAGCUCGCCGUUGUACUUUUUUAUACAAUGCUUAAUCAAAAUAGGCUAGCCAUGUAAGACUUUGGGAACAGUUACUUAAGCCUUAGCUAGAGAAAUAAUCUAACCGAUCCUUGUGCCCUCUACAAAGUUAUUUGUAUUAUACGAUACUCAGUAAUA